AUGGACAAACCUAAUGGUCGAGCAAGCCAAACCACAAACACGAAACAAGAAAACACGCGACUUUACAGUGUGGCGGUAAAGAGCCUCUAUGGUGAAAAGCAUGGUUUCCAAAAACGUGGUUUGGCGAACUCGAAAAAAACCGUGACAAGACGCCACGCAAUGGCGUGUCCAAACGAUGGCAAUAAUAAUAAUAGGAAAGAUAAAAUGCAAAAUACUUACGAGUCUAGGUGCAACGCAAACAAACGGAAAAAUAAAAUCGGUUGUUCAGGCUCGCUGCGCAGGAAAAACGUGGAAGCGGUCUGUAAAACGUGGAACGAAUGCCGGGCGGUGAAAAGGUGCGUGUCUGCGAAAGAGCCAAAACGAAAUAACGGCCGCGGACUGCGAAGCGCUGAGUACCGUUGGUGCGUUGACGGAUUCAGAUCGGAAAUAGGCGGGCGGGUGCGGGCGGUACGUCGACGCGAUUCGCCGGCACCGGGCGCGCACGAUCGCCACCGGUGUGCACGGACUCACAGGCCGGAUCAUGGAAAAGAAACCGUCAAAAGUUGUAAAGUGCAGCGGCAGUGGCGGUAA